AUGCCCAACGCACUGUCAAUGACGGCGCCGACGCGCUUUCGGGACAAGGAGGCCGAACUGGCCAUGCGGAUCGAGAAGCCUUUUACGGUCGCGGUCGUGGGCGACCUCAUCCAGGUCCAACCCUUUGCGAACCGCGACGACCCGGACAUCCAGGCGCUGAUCACCAUCAUGCGAGCCGCCGACAUCACGCUGGCCAACAACGAGAACACGAUCGUGGACCGGCUCACGUUCCGCGGGCCCAUCUCGCACAUGGAAAGCCCCGCCGAGGUCGCCGACGACUGGGCCGCCAUGGGCAUCGCCAUGGUGUCCAAGGCCAACAACCACACGUUCGACAACGGCGAGGCCGGCGUCGCCCACAACUUUGCCCAGCUCCGCCGCGUGGGCAUCGACUACGUCGGCACAGACUAUAACCUCUGCGAGGCGCGGUUGGCGCGGUUCCGUACGCUUCCCAAGGGGACGGUCGCUUUUGCAGGUGCCUACGCCGAGGUCGAGGAUUACUCGCAAAUAUAUGGUUUGCCGCGCGGGGAUCCCAUUGUCGUGACGGAAGAGCAGUUUCAGCAGUUGCAAGCGAUGGAGGAAAGUCUCUACGAGCGGGCGAGUGAGGUGCCCAACCCAAUCGACAGAAAUACAAAAACUCGGCAAGGCAGUCUGCUGCUCUUCGGACGGGUGUUCCAGCUCGCAGGUGCCGACACCACGGCGGCGACAGAUGACGAAGCGACCUCGAUCAAGAAGCGGCUGGAGCACCAUUUGAACUCCAAGGGACCUAUCACGUCGAAGAACAACUCGCUGCGGCUCAAAGUGUACCACGGCGUGACGGAGGCACAAAUGGCCCAGCUCCGCGAAAUCGCAGGCGACCGUGGCAGUGGCCCAACGCUCGACGCGUUCGACGUCCACUUCAAAGUCGCCCCCAGCCCGGGCGAGCUGACAUACGACAUGGACGCCGUGGACGAGCGGGAAAUCCUGCGCGAGGUGCGCUCGGGAAAACAGUUCAGCGACUUCGCGGCCUUCACGAUCCACUGGCACCAGAACCGGUUCUCGUUCCAAAAGUACUCGUUCGACCACUACCCGGCCGAGUUCCAGGUUGUGCUGGCGCACGCGGCCAUCGACCAGGGCGCGGACCUCUUCUUCGCGCACGGCGUGCACACGCUCAAGGGCGUCGAGAUCUACCGGGGCAAGCCCAUCUUUUACGGGGUCAACAACUUUGUGUUCCAGAACCAGAGGUUCCGGUCUUGGAGGGAUGACGGCCCCAACUCUGAGCGUGAGGCGCGGCGACAGUGCCCAACAGAGGCGAUCGUCGGCGACGGGGAGAUCAACGAGGCGCGCUGGGCGUGGCUGCAGCGGCCCGAGAACUUCGAGGCCAUCCUCCCGACGAGCCACUACGAGGACGGCAAACUGGUCCGCGUGCUCAUCUACCCCGUCGACCUGGGCCUGGAGCGGCCGAGCUCCGAGAUGGGUACGCCGCGCCGACCGACGCUGGACAGGGCCCGGCACAUUCUCGAGCGGGUCGUCGAGUAUUCGAGGCCGUUUGGGACCGAGAUCUCGAUCGAGGACGGGGUCGGUGUCAUUCGUAUACCAUCGCAGUCUUAA